AUGGGCGGAGCUAAAGAGUGGUCCGGUCUAGGCAGAUGUCAAUUUCAUUUGAAGCUUGUGACUACGAACUCCACAAAUAUUAUCAAAAUGCCUUCCAAAAACCAAGGAAAUUCAAAACCGGAUUGCCACAGAAAUAAAGUGGAACGUCAGAGACAAAGCGAAAUUGAUGAUGAGAUUCAAAAACUGAUGUGUUUCCUGCCGGACAGACGAUUUGGUACACAGAAACUGUCAAGAAAUCAGAUAUUGAAGGAGUUAUACGACGUUGCUCUGGAAACAUUUGUUGAGAAAAAGCCUGAGGAGUCUACUUCUGCUGAACCAAAGAUGGACUGAACACAUGAUACUUGAAUUGAGCUUUUGCACUGUUUCUCUCAUUUUAUAUCAUUAGCAACAUUUUCAACGACAAAUAAAAUAUGUUACUUUUC